AUGUCUGACCAUGAAACUGAUUCGGAGGAGAGUUAUCAAACUGAUGACUCCGAUAUAAAGUUUAUUCCGGGGUACAUAAUGGAAUGCCCUGAUCUUGGAAGUUCAGAUGAUGGCUCGAGCAUUGAAGAGGACAACGCGGGCCUAGCAUAUGCCGAUGAACCUUUGGCUGACGACAAGUGGCUACAAAACUACAACAGGCAAGAAAGAAUGGCUAGAACUACAAGAAAAGCUAGAGAGAAGACUGUUUGUUUCGGAUUAUGAAUAUCAAUAUGCAUGGAAAUUCUUUGAUUUCUAUCUAUAAACUUCAAAUGUUUUUCUCCUUUUUUAUCACAGGUGCUAUUGUGGGAAUUGUGACAUAACCUUACUAACAAAUAAUAGUGAAUGUCAUUGUUGUUUUGAACUGGAAGGAUGCGAGGAAGCUAUGAAUUGCAAAGACGUUAUACAGGAUCUCAAAGCCGAAGGCAUGCAAAAUGCGAAGUGUGUAACACAACACCCGGGAUUCAACACCGUAUGCCUUCAAAAGUGGAGUUUGAAGAUGGCUGCUGACAGAUAUAAAACCAAAUACAGUCAAACGUCAACAGAGAAUAGGUUAGACAAUUUAUUCAAUUAUGUUGUUAAAUUUUUCUUUGUUGCCAAAGUUUUCCCUCUUGACUUGUUUAUAAAGUAG